AUUGGUUGCUAGAAGCUGUUUUUGAAAAAUCCCUCGCGUCGGUGAAGCAGGAGGGAAGUUUGAAGGUUGGAAUUUGAAAACGGAAACUACAAAACAAGAGAAAGUCGAAAGGCAGCAAGCGACAAUGAUACGGCCGGCGAAGGGUAAGACCCCCCGGAGACCUCCCAAGAAGCCCUCCAGCAACCAGAAAGACCCAGUUGGGGUGUACUGCCGUGUGCGACCUCUGGAUGCGGAUGAGAAGGAGAGCUGCAUUGAAGUGAUCAGCGGCAGCACCAUCCAGCUGCACGCACCUGAUGGCCUCAAAGCCAACCGGAAUGGAGAGUUCAAAGAGACACAGUAUUCUUUCAAAAAAGUCUUUGGGGUUGCAGUAUCUCAGAUUGAGCUGUUUGAAGAAGUUGCCAGACCUCUUGUGGCUGACCUCAUCCAUGGCAAAAAUGGGCUGCUCUUUACAUAUGGCGUCACAGGAAGUGGUAAGACCUUUACCAUGACUGGGUGCCCAGGUCAGGGUGGACUUCUGCCUCGCUCCCUCGACAUGAUCUUCAACAGUGUAGGCCCCUACCAGGCCAAACGAUAUGUUUUCAAAACAGACGAUAAAAAUGGAAUGGAGACACAGAAUGAAGUUGAUGCUUUGCUGGAGCGCCAAAGACGGGAAAAUCAACCAUCUGUGCCCAAAACUCCCUCCUCUAAACAAAAGCCUGAGCCUGAAUUUGGUGACAUGAUUAAGCCAGAGGAGGCUUGCAAGGCAGAUGGUGUGGAUGAGGACAGCAGCUACAGCGUGUUUGUCUCCUACAUAGAAAUCUACAACAACUACAUCUAUGAUCUUCUGGAGGAAGCUCCGUAUGACCCAAUCAAACCAAAGUGGAAUGGUGGAGGCACACCAGUGCGACUGAACACUGAGUCCAUACCACCUCAAUCUAAAAUUCUCAGAGAAGAUCAAAACCACAACAUGUAUGUGGCUGGAUGUACAGAAGUUGAAGUCAAGUCAACUGAAGAGGCCUUUGAAGUAUUCUGGAGAGGCCAGAAGAAGAGGAGGAUUGCUAACACCCAGCUGAAUAGAGAGUCCAGCCGCUCCCACAGUGUGUUCAUCAUCAAACUGGCUCAGGCUCCACUGGAUGCAGAUGGAAACAACAUUCUCCAGGAUAAGAGCCAGGUGACUGUGAAUCAGCUGUGCCUGGUGGACUUGGCAGGAAGUGAGCGCACCAGUAGGACAAGGGCAGAGGGAAGCCGUUUACGUGAAGCAGGUAAUAUUAAUCAGUCCUUGAUGACCCUGCGAACAUGCAUUGAGGUACUUCGAGAGAACCAGAUGUGCGGCACAAACAAGAUGGUCCCCUAUAGAGACUCUAAAAUAACCCAUCUAUUCAAAAACUACUUUGACGGAGAAGGCAAAGUUAGAAUGGUUGUGUGUGUCAAUCCUAAGGCUGAGGACUACGAGGAAAGCUUGCUGGUAAUGCGCUUUGCAGAGAUGACCCAAGAAGUGGAAGUGGCUCGUCCAGCGGACAGGCCCAUCUGUGGCUUCGCUGCCGGCCGAUAUCAGAGAAACCAGGCUUUUAAAGACGAACUGUCUCGCAAGUUGGAGGAACGUGGCGGCCCAGUAGACAGAGAUGUGCCGUCUGGUAUAAAUCACCUCCCACCGCUGCCCCCCUGUGAGCUGACUAACCCUCACGAUGACGUCACCCUGCCCAGGCUGAUUGAAGCUCUGGAGAAGAGACACAGGGUUAGGCAGAUGAUGAUUGAAGAGUACAACAAAGCAGCCGACAUGGUAAAGGCUAUGCUUCAGGAACUGGACAGCAGCCUUAUUUCCAAAGACAAUUUUAUUCAUGAACAAACCAGUAAACUGGGAGAGAAGGAAAAAGUCAUCCACAACUACAAGUCUGAGAUUGAUCGCUUGGAGAAGAAGAUCAAGAUGCAAGAACACAAGAUUGACAUUCUACAAAAAACAACCAAUAUCUAUGAGGAAGAUAAGCGUUCGCUGCAAGUGGAGCUGGAAACCAGGGGGCAGAGGCUGCAGAGGGAGCUGUGUGAGAAGAGACGUAUGGAGCAGCGCAUGCAGGGCAUGGUCACUGACACCCAAAUCAAGUGGGAGAAAGAAUGUGAGAGACGUGUUAAUGCAAAGCAGCUGGAGAUGCAAAACAAGUUGUGGGUGAAAGAUGAGAAGCUAAAGCAGCUCAAGGCCAUUGUAACAGAGAGCAGGACACAAGGUCGCCCUGAGCCUCCGCCGCGUCAAACGCAGCCUCAGCGACCUUCAAGGGAGGAACGUGUCCCUGCAAAGAGAUCAGCCUCACCCUCGCCGGCGCCUACUGCAACACCAGUACGACCACUGCAUCGACGCUCCCGCUCUGCUGGUGGAGAGAAAUGGGUAGACCACAAGCCUGCUUCCAGCCUGGAACUGGAUACGGUUUUGCAGCCCAUCAUCCCCAAUGCCAUCAAGGUGUCUGUCCCCAGUGAGAAGGUCCUGUCCAAGUGUGACAAAUAUGUGCUGACACACCAGGAGGUUGCCUCUGAUGGUGAGAUCCAGACCAAGCUUAUCAAGGGUGAGGUGAUUAAAACCAGAGGAGGAGGACAAGCAGUCCAGUUCACUGAUGUAGAGACCCUAAAACAGGAGCUCACCACUGGCCCAAGCCGAAAGAGGAGAUCCUCAGAAGGCAGCCCCAACCAGGGGAAAGAGCGUACAGAUGGAGAUUGGACAGAUGUUGAAACAAGGUGCUCCGUGGCUCUGGAGAUGAGGGCUGGAUCAAACAUGGGCCCUGGUUAUGAACAUCAUGGAUACCCCAAGCGCAGGAAACCCUAAGGAGAUGCUGACAGCUGCUUCAGUCAUCACUUUCUUCUCACCUGGCUGUUGUGCAAUAGAGAAUACUCUGAACUUUUUAUAUUUAGCUCUGGUAUUAAUAUUUAAACAUUUCCUGUACUUUUAUAUAUGCAAAUGUGUGUAUGCACAUUGUUCACCAAAGCUGUUUUGUGAAAUAUAUCAAAUGAUGUAACUACAAAAACAAGUAUUAACCACAUUCAGUUAAAGAUGGGGCAAAUGCUUGGUUACUAUGGCCCUGCUGCUGAAGAUGGUCUGUUUGCACAUUAUGUAUGUAAUGUCACAUUUUAUGAGCACAUAAGAAGUCCUUAGUUGUCAAUAAGAUGCCAUAAUCGUUUUUAUUCAGUACAUACUGUUGGUUGCAUAAUUUUGAGCUUUAUCUUCAGAUUUUGGGGAGGGCGGAAAACAGCCAUUUUUUGCUUCUAAAUCUAUAAAAUUUGCUUCUGGCCUUUACAAAAUGGAGCUCCUCUGCUUUCACUCUACACUCACUCAGGAAUAAAAUUCCUUUGAAGCAUG